GGGCCAGUCUCUUUUUCCUCGUAGAUAGACCACGCCCACCAGCUCUACCCUCCGGUCGUUUCGCUCUCCCCUCUAGCUCGCAGCCGCCGCGCGUGACUCCAGAUCUCCCGCGGCGCGACCAUGGCGGCGGAAGGCAAGGUCCCGACGCUGGCCGAGGAAUAUUCACUCCCACCCAAGGAGGUCCCUGUGGAAAAACCAGCUGAGGAGAAAUCUGCUACGAUCACUGAGGCCUCACCAGCUGAUGAGCCUGCUGCUGAUGUUGAGCAAAAAAGUGAAACUCCUGAGGUGAAAGAGCCAGAAGCGGAAGAAACUGUUCCUGCUGCAGAGGAAAGCGAUGCGGCUCCUGAGGAAACUGAAGAGAAACCAGAAAUUGUGAUUGAGACGGCUCCAGCAGAUUUUCGUUUCCCCACAACAAAUCAAACAAGACAUUGCUUCACACGCUAUGUUGAAUACCAUAGGUGCGUAGCUGCAAAAGGAGAUGAUGCUCCUGAGUGUGAAAAGUUUGCAAAGUACUACCGAUCACUAUGCCCAAGUGAAUGGGUUGAACGUUGGAACGAGCAACGGGAGAAUGGUACGUUCCCUGGACCCCUGUAAGCUUCAGUGGCGCUGGAAGGACAAACAUGCCAUCAUCCCCACCUCCCUGGUGACUGGACAAAGUUACUUUGUGCCGAGAAUUCGUCACCUUCCUUUCCUUUUUGAGGACUACUUACAAAUAAGUUUUUGACUUGAUGUAAGCUGAAGGUGCUGCCCAUCAGUUUCUCCCAACGAUCAUUCACUGGAUUUUAUACAACAUCCACCUUUGGAAUUUGACUGAACUUGCUGUUUUGCGUGGCACGGUUCAAGGCGGUCAUUUUGGUUGCACAGGAAAUUUCUAAACCGCAUGGAAUAAAAUUAGCAACCUAGUUCUAGCA